UGCGUACAUAUCAGACAAACUUACAAACCUUGGAUUUCAAUUUCUGCCAGCAAUUUUUUUUAAAGAAAUUCAGUAUCUUCUUAAUCAAGGAUGUGGUUAAACUCCAGCACUUGGGGUCUCUACAACUGUCUGAACAUAUGUUGCAGUCAAAAAAAGCAUUAGAGAGAACUGACCGACUGGGAAUGGGAAGUCUCCUGAUGUUUUCAAAGGAAAAGGUGAUGAUAUAAAAUGCAGCAUACCUCCUGCACAGAGGAUCGCAUCCAUCAUGCCCUGGAGAGAUGUCUACAUGGAUUGGAUAGAACUGUUUUGUCUAAUUGGAAGGCUGGUCUCUGUGUGAACCGUUGGAGCUUGGAAGAACUCGUGAGCAGAGAUCCCCACAGCUUUUUAAUCCUCAUCGAGAAGAUACUGCUGAAAACUCAGGAGGUGCAGGAAAUGUGUCAGUAUGACUUAUUGGUGCCACUGGCUUUAAUGUUUUAUUCUGCGACUCUACGAACUCCAUAUUUUCCACCGGAAUGUAACCUACUCAAGAAUGCAUACAACAUCUACCAUGGUCUUCUGACGUGGCCUGUACCAUAUUGUAAUAUUUGCAAGGACCUUCUAACAUUUAUCCAAGAUGAAAUGAAGGCACCAGGAAUCUCAUUCCAGAGGUUGGUGAGAGCAGAACAAGGGUUAACAACCAAAAACCUUCAAAGCAAAACAAUAACGGUACUGUUACUGAAUCCCACUGAAGUAUCCAGUGAGUUUCUGUCAGUUGCCGAGCGGAUCAGCAACAACAAACAGUCUCUGGGAACCUCUUACAUCACCCUGAUUAAGCACAUGUACCAGGCUGUUUUUGGUGUCAAAUAUAGUUUGAAUGACAUUCAAAAUGUUCUUGAGUCCAAAGCUGCAGAUGAACUUCUGGACAUCUUCUCAAGUUGUUCUGAUGUCAUGGAAAUCGCAGCAACCAUGGAGGAUCCUGCUGUAGCCAAGGAAUAUUUAGUGAGCAAAUUAGAGGAGAUAAAGCAGCAGUUUGGACUCCUCCCAGAAACAGGCCAGAAUGUGACAGCGAAGCUGCAAACAAUUCAAUUGCCAGUUGCCAAUUGCUAUAGCUACCAUUGGGACAAAGAUAAUUUUGAUGUUUUACGUGAAGUUCUCCUGAAAGAGUGUGAGAUUCCUGACGCAGCAUUACUGCCCUUGACUGACAAUAUUAACGAUGAAGAGGAAUUUGAGGAGGAAGGCGGGGAGGAUGCAAUUGAAAAUGAGCGAGAUUCCAUGAUAUCUACAAUAUCUAUAACAUCUACAGAUUACAUGAAAUCAUUUGUCUCAAAUCUCUCAGACUGUAUGGACAGUGGGUACAUAGAAGAUGGUGAUGAAAGUUCACCCGAGACAACAUGCAUGUCUGACCAGAAAGAGGAAAAGCACAGUGGAGUAGGAAAGAAACUAACAGAAAAAAUAUCGAACUUCUUUAGAGCCAGGAAUAGCCUUACAAACAAAGCUGAUCCAAGAUACCAUUUAAACAAAUCCUCCUCAAACUUAAGCAAAAGCAGCUACACCUUGUCAUCGAGUACCUUACCGCUUCGCCGAGCAGAAAGCUUGGGCUGCACUGAGAUCAAAUGUAAGCUUCCCAUGAAGUCCAGGCGUUCAAACUCCCUGCCACAGCACGCCACCUUUAAUCAUCGCUUUGAACGACACGUAGAACAAAGCACGUGCUUCAAAAGGAGACCGUAUCUCAGCUUCGAGGAUGAGUGUAAAACCAUGACACUGCGAAUUGUUGUUUUUGGUACUGACAAAGUUCUAGGAAAAGUCGCAAGAGCCUAUAGCCAUCUCAGAUUACAAGAGAGUAAAUGUCCCUUUCUCACAAAAUACUUCAGGAUGCAAUUUUUCUAUAUUCCUUUACAAAGAGACUCACUAAGAAGCCCGGUACAGUUUACAAACCACUUCCCAGAUAACCAGCAGAGACCAUCAACACAACUGGACAUCAGUUCAGUUGAGACAGCAGACAAAGUUAGUAGCAAUAAUAUUGCACAUUACAUUGGAAUGUUGGAUUCCUGGUAUGAACGAAAUGUUCUGGACUUAUUGACCUUACCAACAACUCUGCUUUGCCAGGAACCUUCUAAGUCUGAGAAUGAGCCUGCAGAAAGAAUGCAAGAGAAGCUUUCCAUCCUGGGUGACCUGAUCCUUUAUUAUUGCCGGAAUGCUGCCUAUCCAGUGUUGGUCCAGCUUUACCAAGCAGAGCUAACCCUGGCAGGGGGUGAGAAACGAUCCGAGGUCUUUGUUUAUUCACUCGAACUGGGACAAUCUGCCGCCACAAGAGCAAUUAAAGCUUCAGGACCUGGGAGUAAAAGGCUUGGCAUUGAUGGUGACAGAGAAGCAGUUCCAUUAGCACUGCAGAUUGCCUACUGCAAGGCCACAGUCAGCAGAAGAAACCAAUGGAAUAAUGUAGAGAAGAACUGUACAUCUGUAAACCUUAGCAAGGCCUGCAACAAGUAUGAUGAGCUGGAAUUCAACACAGAAUACCUUCAUCUUUCGAUGACUGAGGUGGUGAAACGACAGAACUCUAAAUCUAAGAAAGGUUAUAAUCAACAAAUAAGCGUGACUAAAAUCAAGAUUGACAAGGUACAGAUAAUAGGGGUUAAUAAUACCACAUUUGCUGUUUGUCUGGACCAGGAUGAGCAAAAGGUUCUUCAGAGCGUAACAAGGUGUGAGGUGUCUGUGUGUUAUAAGCCUGAGAACAGGCUGCCUCAGAAGUUGAGGAAACAUACCACUUUUCAGAUGCAGCAGCAGUCAUCAAAGUUCUACUCACUCCUCUGUCUUCCAAUCAUUACCUUCAGUGGAGCUGUGCCAUAGGAACUGCAGAUGACAAUACACUGUCCCUAUUGCACUACUGGCUGAAAAUAUUGUUGCGCCAAAACAAAGGACUUGAUUGCAUUGUUUUGCAUUGGCACUAAUAGAUUAUUAUCAUGUAAAUCUAAUUUUACCUUGGAGCUCACAAAGUUCCUCAGAUGACAUAGCAAAUGUUAGUAAAUUGUGAUCUAAAUGGGACAAACAGUGCUUUGUAGCCAUUGCUAAUAGAAUUGCUCGAGGGGGGAGAACUCAGAUUGAUUCUGAGACAACUGGUAGCUAUACUUUUUUGGAACCAUUUCAGAUCAUGGAACUUUACAUUGUCAAUUUAGAAGAAGCUAUCAUUAGUCUUAACUUAUGAAUUCAAAUGGUGCAAAUGUAAUUUCCUGCAGGAUAACAGUGGGAUGUCCUUUGUGUCUGAUGCAUUGUAGCACAGAAUGAACAUCCAUCGCAAUGUUAAGCAGGUGGACUGGAAAGCAUAGAAUUUAGUUUAAGUAGAAAUUUGAAGCAAUUAUUAGGGGGGGGUGUUGGAAAAGGAUGCUUCUUUUAGCCUUUCAUACCUGCAAACUAAUGUCUGCAGGAGAAAAUAUAACAAAACCAAACUAUUAAAUGGACUAAAAGGUAAUUAACUACAAACUAACAUAAAAGCCAAAGUUUUUUUUAAAUACUUUACAUUAGUGAGACGGGGAAGGGACCUAUAAGAAUUGGAAGCCACCUAAAUAUAAAUGAGAAAGGAAAGGAAACCAUGGCAUAGAUUAAACUAAAGGAAAACAUAUGUGGUCAGUGAAUAACAUGUUAUAGAGCAGAAAGUUAAAAUUAAACUGAGUUAAACUAUCUGUAUGCCAUUUCAUACUGUGUCCAUAAUGAAACAGAGAAACAAGAGGCAAUAAUAUUAUGAAGAAAUAAAUGUAAUUGGAUAUUUGUCACCAUGCUUCAAUAAUUCAGAACUGUAAGCAUUGCAUGAUAAAACGUACUUUAAAAAGUUAGAGAAAAGAGGAGAUGGAGUGGAAAAUGAAUUAUAAUACAAGAAUGUAAGAUAUUCCAUUUUAGUACAAAAAAGUAAGUCACAUACUUGGAAAACAAAAACCUAAGUAGGUAAAGAAACAAGGGAAUCUGGGAGCACAAAUCUGAAUCUCACUAAAACAAAUGACACAGAUUAACAAGACUAUUGCAAAGAAGUCAAACUAAGAACUGGAGUUAAUUUUUAGAGGGACAGAAUUGAAAUGUAGAGAAGAUAUGUUCUCCUUGUAUCAAGAUUACACCUCCACUUGGACUACUGGUAAACAUAUUAUUCAAAGGACUGAGGAGGCUGCAAAAUAUAUUUACAAAAAUGAUAUCAGAAAUACAAAGUUAUACUUGUGAGGAAAGGAUUGAUUAGCUUGUUUUAAAAAAUGAAGGCUGAGGGGUGACCUAACAACAAGCUUUUAACGCAUGGAUGUUUUUGUUGGUGUAGACAGAGAGCUUUAAAGUUUCACAUGUGCAGAAGGGCAAAACUUGAGGUCAUAAAUGUAAGAUAUUUAUCAAAAUGUCAAACAUAUAAUUCAGAAGAAAUCUCUUUACAGCAGUGAGAACAAGAUAUUUACUGCCAGAGGGAAUGGUUAAGGCGAAUAGCAAAGAUUCAUCAAAGGGGAAGCUAGGUAAACAAAUGAGGGUAAAAGGAAUGGAGGUUAAUUCUGAUAGCAUCCGAUCUGGAAGAAUGGGAGAAGGCUCAAGCAGAAAGUAAAUGGUUAACAUGGGCUGUUUGAGCCAAUUGGUCAGUUACUAUUUUGUAUGUUCCAUGAAAUUCUGUAGGAAAUCGUAAGGUGAAUAAUCUGGUUACAACUCAUCCUGUAUACACUCCAAUCUGCAGACAAUGCAGGCCUGCAGGGAAGGGAUAAUAACUGAGUGCUAAUCUUUACUAAUCUUUUGUAAUUUGUGGUAUAUGAUAGUGAGAUGCCUAGAGUGAUUAAGGAAUGACAUGUGAAACCAGGAUGGUCUGAAAAGGAACUGAAAGAAAAUUCAAAACUUGAAUUCAAACAAAGUUAAAAAAGUUCUCCAACAUAGAGUACUUUGCAGCACUUCACAAAGAAUGCAAGCUGAAGAGAAUCUAACAUUGUAUGUUCAUAAAUAUUCUACGUGAUAAAUUGUUGUAAAUUUAGCAGCUUUGUAAUGUUAAAGGAGUUGACAUAAAGUGAACAAAUGCCUGGUGCAGCAUUCCAUUCUCCUGAUUCCUUUCCCAUUAAGCACAAUAAUUGAUCCCGUGAUGGCAUUUAAAGAAAUAUGUGGCUGGGUGUUCAUCCUGUGUACACAUAAAAACUCCUGCUCAUUGGGGAUUUGGUUUGAAGUGUGUUGAACACAACUGUUGUAAGCUGUAGGAUACCCAGAUGUUUCCCAGACUCUCAAGCUGCUUGUGUUUUCUCUGGCCUUGAGGUGUACAUGUUCCACAUCUAUGUGAAUUGCACAAAAUCACAGAUCCUGUUUCAUUUUUGCUGAAGGCUGCUGCUUAAUUUUUAGUUGCACUUCAGCUCUGCACUCCUAUUCUUUGGUCACCAGUGGAGGGGAAUGAGCAGACCAAAGGACCUUCUUAUAGAUCUGGUCCUGAGCCUGACCUAGAUGGCCAUUAACAGGCCCAGGCAAUGCGUUUUACAGGUCUCAACUGACUGCCCCUCUUUCAUGCCUACAUCCAUGCCUAGGUGUCCGUGGAGAGGGAAUACCCAAUGCCAAUGGCACUCCAUGGAGGCUAGAGUGCAUUAUCUCUACUGAAAACCAAGUUUUUAAUUGAAUAUUUAAGUUUGCUUUAGAUAUUUGAUUUUAUUGUUAUAGUGCCCUUUAGUUUGGGUAAAGUUGGUUUGAUUGGAUUAUUUUAAGUUGUACUUCAAAAGAGUGUAAUCAUGGGAUGGCACAGUGAAUCUACCUCUGAAGCUUUGAGUUCAAGUCUCAAUUCAGGACUUGACGGCCAUGGAAGAUGUCUUCAUAAAUCGGUCAAACAGGUUGAGUAUCAACUUGUAAAUCCUUCAGAUCUCAAGUGUAAAGAUAUUUGCCAAGAGUUUAUAAUAGAUGUAAACUGGCAGCUUCUUUCUUGUCUCCUAUGGUUUCUAUCUCUUUUAAUUUCCAGAAGUGCUCUUACACACAACUGAAUGUGUAUUUUUUUUUCCACAUCACCAAAUGGCCCAUGUAUUUUUUUCAUCUAUAAACCAUCUCCAGUAAAUGAUCCAUGCUUUCCAAUUCACUAAUUUACAUGCAAAGCCCAUUAAGGACAAAACAGACUACCAAAGAUACCCUUCAUUUCAAUUGAAAUCCCAAUUAAUUUAGCCAAUGAAGUAUUUUAAUUUAAAUUCAGAAAGAACAAACUGAAUGUCAAUGAAUAAGAGUUGUUCUCUGAAGCUAAAAAAAAUCAUUGAAUUGGUAAUUCAAAUUGUUUGCCUAAUUAUUUACCCAGAUUCAACUGUGUUGGGUCAAUAAUAUUGACCAAUAUAAUAUUAUGAAGUUCUUAAUUUGAUAGUACUUACUGGUGUCACUAUUACUAAUGAUAGGCCAAAAUUAUUUCAAUUUCCUUAUGAUUAAAAUUCUAAAACGUUAUGCUUGCUCUCAAUUUUAAGAAAGCUGUGACUUAAGACAUGGGGAUUGGGUGUAUUCUUCUGUAUAGGAAAUAAACAAGAAUACAUUCCCAACAGAAAUAUUCCCUCAAUGUCCCUGUAACAUUGUACAUUAUUUUAAUUAGAGUUUAUUAUUAUUUGCAUAUCACAGCAAAUGGGUACUCUGGAACCUAUGAAAUUGCUGUUGUUUAUUUUUAAAAAUGGGUUUUGAUCCAGCAGUCAGUCACAAACAAUAUUAAAUCGGUGAAUUUCCGGAUGGAGUUUGAAGCCUGCUUGAAAAGUAAUUAUCUUCUGAAAGAUGAACACAAUAAAUUUGUGGGUGAUUGUUGUGAUCAGAGCACAUUCAUGCUGGGAAUUCCUGACUACAGUAUAGGAAUUUGACUUCUUUUAAAUUGACCAAACUGGUCUUAUGUUUGUAAACCAAAUACAAUAGCAACAAUUUGUUUGUCAGUUUGGAGUGAUGUAAAAUGUGCAAUAAUUGUAUUUCUAUUUUGAAUUUUUUUUCCAUUUUUCUCAGUGACAGCUACUGUAUACUAAUAGCUUCAGAAGUUGUGAAGGUAGUUUAUUUCAUUUCCCUCAUAGGGCAGUUACACAAUAAUUUCGGAAAUGGAUUGCACUGUCUUUACAGUUCUGGAUCGCACACUAAACUGUAUAUGUUUGUAUAUUUGAGGAACACUGUAGAAUAUACAUCUUGAUAACAGAUUUAAGAAUAAAGCUUAUUGACAGUUUAAA